AGAUAUGAAAACUAUUACUUUUAAUACCGAUGUACAUCAGUAUUAAAAUUAUGUUUUCAUGUGUUUUAAAGCUCGUAUACAUGCAGCCGACAGCGGAAUAAAUAGGCAAAUUUUGCACAUUUUAAGAUGGGAUACACAUUUCGAGCGCCGGGGCUCCUUUAAGAGGUACAGGUUGCUCUCAGUUGGGUGAUGCUGAAUUGCUGUGUUUGCCUCCGCCUCGCCACCCUAUAUAAAGCGGAGCAGCCCCACGACCUGCCGCAGUGCUCCUGAUCGGGGGGAAAGAUGAGCUAUACACUGGAUAACCUAUACGGCGGCAGCACCUAUCGCAAGGUGCUCGCUGAGCCUCAGCGCCGCGCCUACAGGUCGGCCGGCUCCGUUGCUUCCAGCGGAUUUCACUCUCAGACCUGGUCCAGGAGCUCCGCACCGUCCUCCUACCGUCGCGGGGGCGUGGGCGGCUAUAGCCUGAUUUCCUCCACCGAUAGCCUGGAGUCUUUCAACGGAGACAUGAGGUCCCGCAACGAGAAGGAGAUGUUGCAGGUGCUGAACGACCGCUUCGCCGGCUACAUCGACAAGGUGCGGCAGCUGGAGCUGCAGAACAAAAACCUGGAAGCCGAAGCGCUGGCACUGAGGCAGAGCCAGAGCGGCCGCUCGGCCAUCGGUGAGCUCUACGAGCGGGAGAUCGGGGACCUGCGCAGCCUGGUGCUGCAGCUGAGCAGUGAAAAAGCCCAGGUGCAGCUGGAGCAGGAGCACAUAGAGGAGGACAUCCAGCACCUGAAGCAGCGGCUGGACGACGAGGCUCGUAACCGGGAGGAACUGGAGGCUGCCAUCAGGGCCAUGACCAAGUACAUCGACGAGUCCGGCUUGGCUCGCCUGGAGCUCGACAAGAAGUUGCAGUCGCUCCAGGAUGAGGCCGCCUUCCUGAAGAAGAACCACGAGGAAGAGGUGGGAGAUCUCUUGGCGCAGAUCCAGAGUUCCCAGGUGACCUUGGAGGUGAGGGACAUCAUGAAGGCGGACGUUACCAGUGCCCUUCGGGAGAUACGGAGUCAGCUGGACGGCCAUGCGUCUAAGAGCGCCAUACAGGCGGAGGAGUGGUUUAAAGUGCGCAUGGAGAAGCUGUCGGAGGCAGCCCGCUUCAAUAAUGAUGCCAUCCGUGGCGCGCAGGACGAGAUUGGCGAGCACCGCCGGCAGCUGCAGUCACGCACCAUCGAGCUGGAGACGCUGAAGGGAACCAAGGAAUCCCUGGAGCGUCAGCGCAUUGACAUUGAGGACCGCCACCACGGUGAUGUGGCCUCCCUGCAGGAAACGAUCCAUCAGUUGGAAAACGAACUAAAAAAUACGAAAUAUGAGAUGGCCAGCCAGUUGAGGGAAUACCAGGACCUUCUGAAUGUCAAAAUGGCACUUGAUAUUGAGAUUGCCGCUUACAGGAAACUGCUUGAGGGAGAGGAAUCAAGGUUUAUUUCCAGCAUGAGUCCUUACUCUUACAUUGACACCACCACAAAAAUCACUGCUCGUGUCAAGGUGAAAUCAGAAGAGAUUUCUGAUACUGUCAUUUUGGAAGAACAGACUGAUGAGACCCAAGUGACAGAGGAAGUGACUGAAAAUGAGGACGAGGCCGAGAAAGAAGAAGAGGGGGAGAAAGAAGAAGCUAAAUCAGAAGGAGAGGAAGGCGAAGCAGAGGAGGGUGAAGAGGAAGAAAUGAAGGCUGAGGAGGAAGAGGAAAAGGAGGGUGAAGAAGAAGUUAAAGAAGACGCUAAAGCUGCAGCCGGAGAAGAGAAAGAAAAAUCCAAGUCACCAGAAAAAUCACCUGAGCCAAAAUCACCUGCAGUUAAGUCUCCAGAAGCCAAGUCACCUGUAAAAUCCCCAAAACCCAAAUCACCAGAGCCGAAAUCCCCACCUGCUGAGAAGCCUCUCGCUGAAAAACCACCAGCAGACAAAUCUCCAGAGUCCAAAUCCCCAGCACCCAAAUCACCUGUCCAGGAGAAGAAGUCUCCUGUGGAGGAAAAGCCCAAGCCAGCAGCUCCUAAGGAGGAGAAACCAAAAGAACAACCACAGCCAACCAAGGAGGAGACUAAAAAAGAGCCAGAAGCUAAGACAGAGGAGAAGCUUGAAAGCAAGCCUAAAGAAAAAGAGUCUGAGAAGAAAGACGAAAUUAAGGAAGACAAGAAGGAAAGUAAACCUGAAGAACCUACUAAGAAAGAGGACACCUCCAAAGCUCCAGCUAAACCUGCCGAGGAGGUGCCCGUCCCUAAGGCCCCACCUAAAGAGGUGCCUGUUGUGACUAAGAAGGAGGAUGAGAAGCCAGCUCCUACAAAACCUGAGGAAAAACCAGCUAAGGUGGAGGAGAAACCCAAGGAAGAUGAAAAGCCUGAGGUCAAGAAGGUGGAGGAGAAACCUGAGCCAAAAAAGGAGGAAGAGAAGCCUGAGCCCAAGAAAGUGGAGAAGAAGCCUGAGCCCAAGGAGGAAGAAAAACCUGAGCCCAAGAAAGAGGAGAAGAAACCUGAGCCCAAGAAAGAGGAAGAGAAACCUGAGCCCAAGAAAGAGGAGAAGAAACCUGAGCCCAAGAAGGAGGAAGAAAAACCUGAGCCCAAGAAAGAAGAGAAGGAAGCCCUAAAGGUUGCCACAAAGGACACACCCAGCCCCAAGACAGAGAAAGCAGAAAAGUCCUCUAGCACUGACACAAAAGAAGCUAAGGUGGCUGAGGAGAAAGUGAAGAAGUGAGUCGUCAAUGGCAAUAGUGUGUAGUGGCAGCGUCGGGCAAGGUCAUAGGUAAACCGAUGCCAAAGAGCAGCAGGGGAAGGAGACACCACACGCAACCGAGCAGCCUUUCUCAACAUGGGUGGCCAAAGCAAGCAAGCAAAGUAAACAAGCAAUAGUGUUUCUUUAGCUAAUAAAACAUGUGAUGACCAAAACAUGUUAUGAUAGCUUCUAUAUAUGAUUGUAGUGAAUGCAGAAUGCUUUCUUACACUUGAUUGUGAUGACUGCCCUAAUUAUUAAGUGCAUUUAACUGACGUAAAGUUAGAGAUUGGUGGCUAUGUCUUGGAAAAUAGCUUUUGAAGUUAACGCUGAAGAAGAGAAAGACAAACUGAAAAUGUAUAGAUAAGGAUAUAUUUAUUAAUUUACAGAAAAAUUAAGUGGAAAAUAUAAUGAAAAUGCUUGUUGUGCACCUUACACUGUUUCUUGUCUGUUUUCAGAUAAUGAUGCAAUCCAUGUCUGUAACAGUUGAUUAAGAAAUGUAUUAACUGCUGAGAUCAUGCAAUAAGAACCCAAUAAACAGAGCUGAAUAAUGAACGGAAAACUU